GUUCCCGGUACGGUACCGUCAUCGAGCAAGUUUAAUUAGAACUUCCAACUGAUCUCAAACUUGUUCUAAGUUUCAGAAAAAACAAAAAAAAAUCAUCAUCAUGUAUGACGAAGAAGUUGCUGCCCUUGUUGUUGAUAAUGGCUCUGGGAUGUGUAAAGCUGGAUUUGCAGGAGAUGAUGCACCGAGAGCUGUAUUUCCUUCCAUCGUUGGGAAACCACGUCACCAGGGAGUAAUGGUUGGUAUGGGUCAGAAGGAUAGUUAUGUUGGUGAUGAGGCCCAGAGCAAGAGAGGUAUUCUCACCCUGAAGUACCCCAUCGAGCAUGGUAUCAUUACCAACUGGGAUGAUAUGGAGAAGAUCUGGCAUCAUACCUUCUACAAUGAACUUCGUGUUGCCCCAGAAGAACACCCUGUCCUCUUGACAGAAGCACCCCUCAACCCCAAGGCAAAUAGAGAGAAAAUGACACAGCUCAUGUUCGAAACCUUCAAUGUUCCAGCCAUGUACGUUGGCAUCCAGGCAGUGCUAUCCCUCUACGCCUCCGGUCGUACUACAGGCAUUGUACUGGACUCGGGGGAUGGUGUCUCCCAUACCGUACCCAUCUAUGAGGGUUAUGCCUUACCCCAUGCCAUCCUUCGCUUGGACCUUGCUGGUAGAGAUCUCACUGACUAUCUAAUGAAGAUCUUAACUGAGAGGGGCUAUUCAUUCUCUACUAGUGCCGAGCGAGAGAUUGUGCGUGACAUCAAGGAGAAGCUAUGCUACGUGGCCCUAGACUUUGAGCAAGAGAUGGUGACUGCUGCUACAUCGGCUGCCCUAGAGAAGAGCUAUGAACUACCAGACGGUCAGAUCAUCACAAUCGGUAACGAAAGAUUCCGCUGCCCAGAGGUUCUGUUCCAACCUGCAUUUGUUGGUAUGGAGUCCAGUGGCCUUCAUGAGACCACCUACAACAGCAUCAUGAAGUGUGACGUGGACAUUCGCCGUGACCUCUACGCCAACACCGUCCUGUCCGGGGGUACCACCAUGUACCCCGGAAUCGCUGACCGUAUGCAGAAGGAGAUCACUGCCCUUGCGCCCAGCACCAUGAAGAUCAAGAUCAUCGCUCCUCCAGAGAGGAAGUAUUCUGUCUGGAUCGGUGGGUCCAUCCUUGCCUCCCUCUCAACAUUUCAGCAGAUGUGGAUUAGCAAACAGGAAUACGAUGAAGCAGGGCCUUCCAUUGUCCAUCGCAAGUGCUUUUAACUUAGUAUGGACGGUUUUGCAAUUGUUAUGUUCUUGAUGCCAAUACUACUGUAUACUCAUUUUACUUGCUAUUGGAUGAAUUUGCGAUUUUGCACUUGACUUUUGUCAGCGUUAGGGUCAAGUUUAAUUGAUCUGACUUUAUAGUAGAUGUUCGAUUUUACUAUCAAUCAAUUACAUUCCUGAAAACAGAUACCGGUACUGCUAAAUUUGAUAUUUUAAAAACAUGCAUAAAUCAUUGUAUUGGCAGUUGGAGCUAAUAGGGGAUUGUAAUGCUGAAUGAUGAUGAUGAUGAUGAUGACAGCGACAAAGAUGAUGAUGACAGUGAUAGUGGCAAUGGCUACCAUGAUGGAGAUGGUGUUGUGAAAACUAUUUCCACCAUAGCAUUGGCUAUAGUUCAAUCGACCAUGUUGACCAUUUAAAAUGUUUCUGUUAUCCCUGAAAAAGUUCAGGAAAUCAUUUCAUCUUUAUUACUUGUACCCCUGUAAAUGAUUAAUGUUAAAUCAAUUGUUUUCUUUUGUUCAAGUUUCUUAACACUGUAAUGUUGAGGCUUGUGAUAUUUUAUACCUUGAAGAGAGCCUUCAUAAAUGGCCAGAAAAUUAAAUAGGAAAUAUAAGAUGAAGGAGAAGGGGGAGGAGGAGAAGAAGAAGAAGUUGAAGAAGAAGAAAACUGAAGGUUUAGUGUAUGUGGCAUUAUGUCUUAGCUUUUUAUGAGGGACUUCAUCAGUUGUCAAGAUGAUGAUGAUGAUGAUGACGAUGAUUGAUGAUAAUGAUGAUGAUGAAGAAUAUAGAAGAAAAUGAUGAAGAAGAAGAAAAACAACAACAUGGUUUUCAUAUUGGAAGAAGAAGAAAAUUGAGGUUUUAGUAUGUAUGUGAUAUUAUUUCUUACCUUUUUGAGGAACUUCAUCAAUUGUCAAGAUGACGAUGAUGAAGAAGAAGACAAAUAAAUGUGGUUUUAAAUAUUCUAAAUUGAGGUUGAGGUUGAGGAAGAUACUCAAGAAGGAGAUGGAGAUAAUGAUGAAGAAGGUUCAGUGUAGAAAUCUGCAUUCACUAUAGCUUAGGGGAUAUAUUCAUAAAGUAUAUAGUAUAAUUCAUUACUGUUAUGACUACUAUACAAUGUACUUUCAUUCAUCUCUACAACCAUGCAUACUUUGGUAAAAAUGACAUGGGUUUUAAAUAAAGUGCAGCAUAUUUUGUACUUCUUAAAUUUCUCAUAAAAAUUUCAAAAUUUUUAGAUAAGUUUUUGUCGCUAUGUUUAAAAUUGAAGGUGCUACUUCUCUUAAAAGAGCAAACGAAUAGCAAUGUUAGUGGAUUCAUAAUCUUAAGUAUAUAAUUCUGAACUGUAACGUAAAAUUUUGUGAAAUCUAGAUGGAUUUUGACUGAGUAAUAGAGGUUUACACUCAAAUGUUGUGAUCUCGUGGGGUUUAAAGACGCAAAAUUAUUAGUUUUUAUUAUUUUCUCAAGACCUUGCAAAUGGGUGAACCUCAAAGCUCAAAAAAAAAAUCAAGCACAUAUGAACCAAUGUUAAUUUUUGCAUAUUUGUAAAAAUCAGGUGCUAAAGUAACUCUGUGCAAAAUUUGGUGAAAAUGACAUGGAUUUCAUUUUAACUGGCUGAGAAACACAGGUGUGUGACUGUUG